AUGAGUUACGCACCCAAUACACGAAAAAAGAGAGAAUGGGGAGGACAACAACACACAUCUGGAGUCGGAUCGGCGAUCAAUAAAAAGUCCGCUCUUUCAGCAGCAUAUGCUGAAUUGGGUAAAGAAUUAACUUCAGGAAAACUACGUUCGAUCGGUACAUACACCCUUGGCAGACCGAUCGGAGAAGGAACAUACGGAAAAGUUCGUUUGGGCACACAUCGAUUGACGGGAGUACGUGUUGCGAUUAAACAAGUUCCAAAAGCACAUAGUUCAACUUUAACAAGAGAAAUUCAUCAUCAUAGAAGAUUGCAUCAUCCUAAUAUUAUGCAACUUUAUGAAGUCUUGGCUUCGGAAUCGUACAUUUGGAUGGUAACGGAAUUAUGCGCAGGUGGAGAAUUGUACGAUUACCUUGUAGAGCGUGGUACAAUGCCAGAGCCGGAAGCAAGACGGAUUUUUGGACAAUUGUGUAUGGCCGUUGCAUAUAUACAUGAUCGCGGUAUCGUUCAUCGGGACCUGAAACUGGAGAAUGUCUUAUUGGAUGAGAGGUGUAAUGUCAAAUUGGGAGAUUUUGGCUUUACAAGAGAAUUUGAAGGUAAAAAGUUGAUGGAAACUUUUUGCGGUACUACUGGUUAUGCGGCACCAGAAAUGCUGGCAGGUAGACGAUAUACGGGAGAGGAAGUGGAUGUAUGGUCGCUUGGGAUUAUUCUCUAUGCCCUGGUUUGCGGUGCUUUGCCAUUCGAUGACGAUGAUGAUAGUGUGAUGAAAGACAAAAUCCUCAAAGGAGAUUUCGAAUUGCCGGAUGUUUUAUCAGAAGAGUGUUUGGAUCUUAUUACAAAGAUCCUACAACAAGAUCCUACCGCUAGACCGACGAUCAAAGAUAUUCUUCGACAUCCUUGGUUCACCAAGUCAAUGGCGCCUAUGCAGAUGGAGACAGUCAAUGAAGACGUACACGAUGUUCAGCCCUUGGAGAGCGUUGCAGAGUCAUCCGCCUCAGAUAGUCGUUUCUUGACAGCCAAAUCAGGCAUGCUUGCUUCAUCGCCGAACGAAAUAGAAGACGAUCAACCCACGUCUGCACCUUUAUCCCUAAAGCAUAGGAAUGAAUCACAAACCACCAUCAAACGGCAAGCAUCUGCUAGCAGUGAUGCUUCUCGUAUUGCUACUGGCACCUCAUCCAAAUCCAAUUCAGCUCCAUUACCAACACAUUCUGAAAGCAGUGAAGCAAGUGGGAAUACCACCGAAGAUACUUUCACACCAAUGAUGGCUUUCUCCUCUCCAUUAGAGAAAAGACCAUCUCAAAGCUCAUCUCGAGGUGGUCAUCACCGUACUCCUUCACGCACGAAACGGAGAUCGUCCGGAGGUCUGUCUGAUCAUCAUCCUCCCAGCCUGGAUUUGAAGCCGGUGGACUAUAUUGCACUGUUGGAGCUUUCGACACCUGCGAUAUUUUCUACCAUUUUAGAGCAAAAUUUGUUGCAUCAAUUGAGCGGACUAGGAAUGGAUGUUGGACAGAUCGUGCAUAGCGUAGUGAAUGAAGCAUGUGAUGCAAGUGGAGCAAUGUGGUGGAUAUUGAAGAAGAAAGCAGAGGAA